GCUAUGUACAGGAGAAAUUUUGGGGCAAGGUGAGUACGGAAAAGUCCUCAAGGGAAUGGCGAAAGGUCUUCGAGGUCAGCCGCUACCGACUCCGGUUGCCAUAAAGAGUGUAAAAGAUCAGACAAAUUUGCUCCAGCAAAAUCAACUGAUUUAAGAAAUGAAAAUCAUGACAAAAGCCGGUCGACAUCUGAAUAUUAUCAACUUGGUGGGAGCAGUAUUCAAAGAUGAAAUUCUUCUGCUCUUGGAAUAUUCAGAAUACGGUGCAUUGUUAAAACUAUUAAAAUCUCAUCGCGGCAUGUAUUUUUAUAACCAAACCGAUCACGACGGGAAAAUUAAGGAGUUUAACGAAGUGGAAUCCUUGCGAAUGCAGCACGAAGUCGAUGAAAAGACAGUGACACUAGAUGAACAAUUUGACAAAAAAAUCUUGUCCACCAAGGAUUUACUGAAUUUCGCCUUCCAAAUCAGUUGUGGCAUGAGCCAUCUCAACAACCGCUCCAUUAUUCACAGAGACUUGGCCGCACGCAAUAUUUUGGUCUGUCACGAGCGUGUGGUUAAAAUUGCGGAUUUCGGGAUGGCCAAGCAAUUGCCAGAAUACGUUUUGGUCGAUGCUCACAUAGCGCUUCCUGUGCGCUGGAUGUCACCAGAAUCAAUAAUUAAACGAGUGUUCAACCAGAAGUCUGAUGUGUGGUCAUUUGGCGUGUUAAUGUGGGAACUCUUCACUUUGGGAGAGACGCCGUACUCAAACUGCAGUAUGGACAUCACAUACAUGCUGGAAUUCCUGUCCUCCCUGACCAACGGUUUCCGGAUGGACCGCCCACCCGCAUGCUCAACGGCAAUUUAUGAGAUGAUGCUUAGUUGCUGGUUAAACCGUUUAAAGCACCUGAAGAACGACCGGAGUUUGCUCAGCUAGAAAAAAAUUUAGCUAUGCUGAUCGGAAACGGUUCAGCGCAGAAGUAUUUCAGAUUGGACUUACCUUAUCAGCAGUUUAACUUAUCACAACAAAGUCUUCUUAAUGAAUUAUCAAAAAUGGAUGAUAAUCAAUAUGUUGAUUUAUCUGAUUACCGAAGUCUCCUGAUCCAUAUGUGGAUCCAAGCCAAAAAUCGACGCUGGCGCCCACAAUAAAUGACGAUCAAGAUCGUGCUGGACCAACUGCAGUGGCGUACUAAUUAUGUGCGGCACUUCAACUUACAAGUUAUUUUACUUACUACAAGUUACUGUUAGACAUUAUAUUACCAAUAUAAUAUACACUCAUGAUGUGUCAUGUAUUUGUGAACUAUGACCAUUGUUCUACUAACUGAUCUAUGAGUGUACGGUGCACCCAGGUCACCAAUCCCCUUGUUUAUCAGAUGUUUAGGUGCAGUAACUUAAUUACUAAUAUCAUGAAUGUACCGUGUGGUAUAUAAGCAACCAGCUUGUAUAACGCUGAUGAACAGAACAUAACA